CCGCCUCGCCUUUGUCCCCGGGGUUGGAGGGGGGGAGGCGCGGGGCUGCGCGGCCGGGUGCCGGAGCAUGUGCAGCUGCAGCAGGCACCUGGCAGGGAGCCGCAGCGGCGGGGAUGUGAACCAGGCGGGGAGGAAGGCCCUUGACUCAUCAGAUAAAUCCAGCCCCGCCAGGAGAGCGGAGGCGGCGCGGCGCUAGCAGGGGAGGAUGGCGGGGGACAGCGAGCAGCGGCUGGAGGAACAGGGGCAGCCCAGCGGCGGCGAGCCUUUCCUCAUCGGGGUCAGCGGCGGCACGGCCAGCGGCAAGUCUUCAGUCUGCUCCAAGAUCGUCCAGCUGCUGGGCCAGAACGAAGUGGACUAUCGCCAGAAGCAGGUGGUGAUCGUGAGCCAAGACAGCUUCUACCGAGUCCUCACCUCAGAGCAGAAAUCCAAAGCGCUCAAAGGCCAGUUCAAUUUUGACCACCCAGAUGCCUUUGACAACGAGCUGAUCGUGAAAACGCUCAAAGAGAUCACAGAAGGGAAGACUGUCCAGAUCCCCGUCUAUGACUUUGUCUCCCACUCCAGGAAAGAGGAAACAGUGACUGUCUACCCUGCCGACGUGGUGCUCUUUGAGGGCAUCCUGGCCUUCUACAGCCAGGAGGUGCGGGAUCUCUUCCGCAUGAAGCUCUUUGUGGAUACAGACGCAGACACCCGGCUGUCCCGCAGAGUGCUACGAGACAUCAGUGAGCGAGGCAGGGACCUCGAGCAGAUCUUGUCACAGUACAUCACUUUUGUGAAGCCCGCCUUCGAGGAGUUCUGUUUGCCAACCAAGAAGUAUGCUGACGUGAUCAUUCCCAGAGGAGCAGAUAAUGAAGUGGCCAUCAACCUGAUCGUGCAGCACAUCCAGGACAUUCUUAAUGGAGGACUCAGCAAACGCCAGAGCAAUGGCUACCUGAAUGGCUACACUCCCCCCCGCCAGCGGCAGCCCUCAGAGUCCAGCAGCCGGCCUCACUGACCCCGGGCGGCAGGCGUGAGGCUGUGGGCAGAGGGCACUCAGGCCCUGCCACUGCCCCCCUGUACAUACUGUCCGUUCAUUCCCCCCUUAUCUAUUUAAGAAACCAGACGGAGACGAAUGCCUUUAAUUUUGUAUGUUGGAAAUGCCGAAUGAGAAGCAGCCAGCUGCUCGGGAGCCUGGACCGCCCACAGCUCCUGGUCUUGCUCAGUAACUCCUCCAGCACGGAACCGGCUAUAAAUCUCUAUAAAUAUAGAAUUGCUCUAUUUUUGUGUAAAUGCAGAAUAACGUAAAAUUACUUGCCGUAAGGUAUUUGCCAGGCUCGGUGUUGCUGGGAGGGAGCCGGGAAUAGGGGCCUAGAGUUGGCAUCCUCACCUGAUAGACAAGAGGAGGAGCAUCCAACAACUGUUUUAGUAUCCCUGUGGUCUCCAUCUAAGGGAAGGGGCAGGCUGUAGUGGAGGUUCUAACUUAAGUGCAGCAAGGCUGGGGUUGCCUCCUCCUGCUUGUUGCUGCUCAGGUUCAGGCAGCCUGAUGUUGGCUGGCAGGCACUGCACAGUGCCACUGACAGAUGGCAGAAUGGUGUGUAAUAACUCCCCUGACUGUCUUUCAUGUCUCUGGAUCUCAGUCCUUCAACAGCAUCCCUCCUUUUUUGUUGUCUGGCACGCCUUCUCACCACGGUUGUGGUGUCUGUUGUCACACCCUCCAUUAAGGACCUGGCAGGAGAUGCUGGGUAUCUGGUCAUAAAUGUAGCAGCUCGUGUUUUUAGCAGUCUUGCUGCCUGGCUUGGAUAGAUAUAGGAUGUGUGUCCCUUCAGCCCCUCUGGAGCUUGAUGGCCAUGUGUGUGGUGGGACUCCUAACCAAGCCCCAAGCUCAUCCCUACACCUGGAGGUCAGACUGCAGAAGGUCAGAUGUGCAUCUGUCAUUCCCCACUUGAAAUGGUUUUGCUGUUGAGUAGGAACAGUUGAGUCUGUAAAUAUGGUUAAUGGAGAACCAGCUGUAAAAGAAAGUGGCAGUGGAUGGCAGCUGCUGAGCAGCCUGAGGGAGUGCCAGCAGCAUGUCUGAGCUCCCUAAUAUCUGCCUCCGUGCAUCAUGUCCGCAGGUCCCAGCUGGAUGGCCAGAUGUCCCUAUAGCUUAUGUCUCCUUCUUUGUGUGCUGGUGGAGGAUGUGGUGUCCCCACUACAUGUCAUCCGUGGGGAUGCCCAGGAAGUACACUCAUUUGCUGAGGGUGAGAAUCAGUUUCCUUUAAGUUGGUAGUGCUGCAAUAGCAGCAGCGUGGGAGAGCCUGAUGGGGCUGUACUGUCCAGCUGGGGUUGCCUGGAGAGCAAGGUGAAGCACAUGAGCUGGGGCAGAGACUUGGUGAGAGCCAGGCAAGGAGAUGUGAUGGGAUGCUAGCCAGGAAGGACCCUCUGGCCUGUGCUCCUGGGACCAACUUGUCCCAGCAAAUAACAAAUCUUACAAUCAUCCCACAAAGCCUGGAGCUGGGACCUUUAGCCUUGCUACCUCUCAUGGUUUUCACUCCUUCCAGAGCACUGUUUUUGCUCUGCACAGUUAAAAGCUCAAGACGUUAGAGUGAUGGAGCAUCUGGUUUCUCUAGUGUGAGCUAAGAUGGUUUUUGAUUUUAACCAAGAGAACAAGAAAAAAAAAAAAAAGUGCCUAUCCCAAUGAGCACUGCUGGAGCAGUCUUAUUCCCUCUUGGUUUGUGAUGAGGGACUGUGACAUCAGCCCUUCAUCCCUGUCACUGUCUGCAGACACUUCCCAAGGCAUGACAGCUCUGCCAUAAUCAAGGGCUGACCUUGGCUGAACUCCUCCAGCUACAGCAUGUCAGCCAUAUGUGAGAGGGACUGAAGCCCCGCAUAUCUGGAGAGGCUUCUCAGGACUUAAGUGGCCAAUAUAGCCGUUAGGUUAAAUGCUGAUCUCCCCUUCCCUGUGAAUAAAGACAACAAAUGUA